UUUUUCGUCUGCAUUUAUAUAAAAAACAGUUCUUUUUAGAACUAUUUAGCGUCAUAUUAGUGUCAUUACGAUAAAAAUAUGGAUUCAAUGCCGAGUACUAGUGGUAAUUGCCCUUCUCCACCUAAAAAACGCGGAGUGAAUUUGGGUAGACAUUUAUCAUCAAAUGAAAAACAAUUCAUUAUAAAUAUGUACAAACAAAUAAAAAUUGAUGAUCCUGGAAUGAAAAUAACAGCCAUGGUAGCAAAAAUAAAGCAGGCAACAGGUGUUGCGAAUUCAACGAUUUACAGAACCAUUAAGGAAUAUAAGCAAACUGGAACUGUAAGAUGUCCUAAAAAUAUUGGCGGUAGACCUGCUGUACUUUCAAGAUAUGAUGAAAAAGUUAAAACAUCUGUACGACAGAUAGUACACAGCUUCUUUUUCAAGAACGAAAUGCCCACUUUAAAUAAAAUUUUAAGUGAAGUUAACAACCGCCCAGAUCUUCCAAACAUGUGUCGUUCAACAUUAUAUAAAUUCUUGAAGCAAAUAAAUUUUAAGUAAGUAAAUAUGGGUUAGCCACAAUUAAUAGUAAAUAAUAAGUGCAACCCAAAAAAUAUUCAUAUUAUGUCUGGCUUGGGCAAUCAAUUAGAGGAUAUUUUUUCCUAUUUUGUAGACAAUCUAAAUGCAAAUUGUUUCAUUUGAAAGCUGUAUAAUUAUUUAAACAAUCUUUAUUUAAUUAAAUAGUCUUUAUUUCAUCAAGGAAAUAUAAACACAGAUGACAUAUAUUCUUCUGAAGCGAAAUCAGAGCCGCUAAAACCGAUCAGUCCUCGCCCGGUAAAAAAAUCAACAAAAAUUUUUAAUUCGUUUAAACAAAGAUUGUCUAAAGAAUUAGACAACAUUAAAAUAAGAAUAUUUGUAUUUAUAACGUUAAAAAGGUACACAUGUGUUAAGUUUUUCUAAAAAACAUUCUACAACAUAGGAAAAAAUGUGGUUUUAUUUUGUUAUAAAUAAAUUAAUUUAUUAUUACAAAACUAAAGCAUAUUUUGGAUUUAAUUAUGCACUAUUUAGGUGGCUCUACUCGAGUUACCUCAAAUUAAAAAAAAAAUGAAGAAAAUUGCUCGAUUGGAAGUCGAGAAAAUGCAUUUUUUUUAUAUAUACCGAUUUUGAACUUUGAAAUUCACCUUUCUUCAACCUAGAUUUUUUUGUAGUUUUAUACCAAAUA